AUGGAAAGCUCUCACUCCCACGGGCGUGGCGAGGAGGGCCUGAGUAAUGCACAGAUGCUCUGGUACAGUGUCGCGGCAGUGCUGUGCGUCGCAGGUGCGGGUUUCUUCGUUGGCCUCCAAAUCGCGCUCUUCUCGAUCGACCGCCUCUAUCUCCGCGUUCUCACCACCACUGGCACGCCGAAGGAGCGCCAGCAGGCCAAGUCGCUGCUCGGAGUGCUGAAGUUGCAGCACUGGACUCUCGUGGCGCUCGUCUUGAUGAACGCCGUAUUCGUCAUGACGCUGCCGAUUCUCCUAGAGGCGAUGUUUGACGAGCUCACAGCCCUUAUCGUGUCCAUCACGGCUGUCCUCUUUGCUGGUGAGGUGAUGCCGCUCGCCGUUUUUGUGCGCUGGGCCAUUCCGGUUUGCUCCUACUUCAUCCACGCAAUCUGGCUCGCUAUUAUCGUGACGGCGCCAGUGAGCUAUCCGAUGAGCAAGGUGCUUGACCAUGUCCUUGGCCACAAGGAAGAGCUGCUCGACCGCGAGGAUUUGGCCGCCUUGAUUGUCGGCCCGCAGCUCGGGGAAAACGACGAGAGCGCAAUGAUGGAGGUUGCAGCGGUGCGAGUCGGCGAUGGCGGCGAUGAGAACGCGCAGAUGACGGAGAAAACGAGUUCGUCCUAUCAGCUGCGCGACUCAGAAGUCAAGAUGCUGCAGGCGGCUAUGCGACUUUCAACCGACACGGUGGAGCAGCAUCUACGCACGAAAACAGCGGAUGCCUUCAUGCUGUCCUCUCGUGACAGCCUUGAUCGCGAAACGAUUCUGCGCAUCUUGACCGCCGGCUAUAGCCGUGUGCCGGUGUACUCUGGCGAGAAUCGGCGGCACAUCAUUGGCGCCCUUGUUGUGAACUCGCUUGCGUCGCUGUGCUUUACUCAGCCAGACCCGCCGCCGCUCGUGAGCGAUUACCCCCUCCGCGAGGUCAUGAAACUUUCUCAGGAGUUGUCUCUCUACGAUGUCUACCUUGCCUUCCGCAAUGGACCAUCCAAUAUGGCUGUCAUCUACGACUCUUCCGGAGCCAUGGUGGGCCUGCUGACGCUGAAUGACGUGCUAGCGGCACUCUACAACGCCGACCCGGUGGAACCGACCGAGCUGUCAAGGCAGUAUUUGCACCGCCAGCAGAAGAUGGUCGAGCUGGUGGAGGGCAUGAAGUUCCUGCAGGUCACGAAGCGCGUUGUGUCGAUGCCACUGGGCACGAGUCGGCCCGGUGAGCCGGGUUCCAAGAAGGAGCAGACGGAGGAUGCAGAGGACCAUGUUGCCGCCAUCACCCUCCUCCCGGCUCCUCGGCAUGGCGUGUCACCUGCAACGCCGCCGCCGCAGCCCUGA